AUGAGAGUUCAUAUAGUUCAGUACCCCCUGGCAGCUUCUGUGCCGCUAAUUUUGGGGGCAUGCAUGACCCUUUCCGUCCUCUUAUUUUGCAUGCUUAUCCUCCUUCUGUACUUGAGGAGCAACAGUGAGCUUACGAUGCUGCACAGGAUAAGCAACUGCUUGCGUGUGUUGGUAGUAAGCCAGACCGCAUUUACGGUGACAGCUGUUGUAAUUUUGUCAGUUGUCAAUGCAGCCGAGGACCGAUCCUCUGCUACUUUCUCCACCAUUAUAUCUGGGCGCCAAGCGGCCAACGUCCUGAAAGCAGCUUUUGCUGCACUUGUUGCUGGAUAUUCUUUCUUUGCAACCGAGCAUCAUAUUUUUAGGUGGGUAGCACUUGUGGGUGCGGCGACAGUUUCCGGCAUAGAUGCUGUGGAUCUGGCAAACCUGGGCCACCUGAUAGGGCAACUGCAGGCAAGCGAGGAUGCCCUCAGUAAUGGAGAUGCCUCAGCCCAGUCCCUAGCAAUAUGGGCUCUAAAGAUCCAAUACUCUGCAAAAGUGUUUUCAUUCUUCUCCUGGCUGCUGGCAAUGCAAAUAAUUGGAUGCCUUAUGCAUGCUUUGGGAUGGUUUGAGCUCAAUGAGCUUCCAAACGACGAGGAAGUUGCAGGGCACUUGAAGGAGCUUGCAAGGGCCACAAUUAACAGACGUAUCCAAGAGAAGAGAAAUCCAGAACGAUUCGAAGAAGGAACUGGCAAACGCCUCUUUAACCCAACCGAUAAGUUGGAGGUAACAUGGGAUCAGAUGACAGAUUUGAUAGUCGGGCGAGAUAAACGGACAAGCCAUCCUAUUUCCACCAAUCCCCGUGGACAAAUCCCUCCUGAAGUUAAAAAAGAGCUGCGUCAGAUUCUUCUCAAGAUGGGAAUAAAACGAAAUCAAAUUUAUGAAAUACUUGACGACGAAGAGGAUGAAUGA